AUAACACAUACUGGAGAGAAACCUUAUGCAUGUAAUCAAUGUGGUAAAGCCUUUGCAAGACCCAUUUAUCUCCAAAGACAUAAAAUGACACAUACUGGAGGGAAACAUUAUGAAUGCAAUCAAUGUGGUAAAGCCUUUGCAAGAUCCAGUGAUCUCCAAGUUCAUAAAAGAACACAUACUAGAGAGAAACCUUAUGAAUGCAAUCAAUGUUGGAAAGCCUUUGCAUGCAACAGUACUUUCCAAUAUCAUAAAAGAACACAUACUGGAAAGAAACCUUAUGAAUGUAAUCAAUGUGGUAAAGCCUUUGCACAGCACAGUGAUCUCCAAAUUCAUAAAAGAACACAUACUGGAGAGAAACCUUAUGAAUGUCACCAAUGUGGUAAAGCCUUUGCAAGACCCAGUCAUCUCAAGUAUCAUAAAAGAACACAUACUGGAGAGAAACCUUAUGAAUGUAGUCAAUGUGGUAAAGCCUUUGCAAGAUCCAGUGAUUUCCAAAUACAUAAAAGAACACAUGCUGGAGGGAACCCUUAUGAAUGUAAUCAAUGUGGUAAAGCAUUUGCAAGACCCAAUGAUCUGCAAACAGAUAAAAGAACACAUACUGGAGAGAAACCUUAUGAAUGUAAUCAAUGUGGUAAAGCCUUUGCAAGACUUAUUGAUCUCCAAAUACAUAAAAGAACACAUACUGGAGAGAAACCUUAUAAAUGUAAUGAAUGUGGUAAAGCCUUUGCAAUAUCCACUAAUCUUCAACGUCAUAAAAGAACACAUACUGGAGAGAAACCUUAUGAAUGUAAUGAAUGUGGUAAAGCCUUUGCAAGACCCAGUCAUCUCCAGUAUCAUAAAACAACACAUACUGGAGAGAAACCUUAUGAAUGUAUUCAAUGUGGUAAAGCCUUUGCAGUAUCCAGUAACCUUCAAUAUCAUAAAAGAGCACAUACUGGAGAGAAACCUUAUGAAUGCAAUGAAUGUGGUAAAGCCUUUUUAAUAUCCAGUAAUCUUCAACGUCAUAAAAUAACACAUACUGGAGAGAAACCUUAUGAGUGUAAUGAAUGUGGUAAAGCCUUUGCAAGACCCAGUCAUCUCCAGUAUCAUAAAAGAACACAUACUGGAGAGAAACCUUAUGAAUGUAGUCAAUGUGGUAAAGCCUUUGCAGUAUCCAGUAACCUUCAACAUCAUAAAAGAACACAUACUGGAGAGAAACCUUAUGAA